AUGUCGGAUGACGUAGCGUCCUGUAGGUCAUUGCCCGCUGUCCUGCAUUCCGUCCAGCCUACUUACUGUGAGAUCCCAGAUGACAUAGCGGCUGCAAACAGGCCUUUGCCUGGUCUCCCAAAUACAUACUGGGAGAUUCCAGAACACGCAAUUUCCGGAGUAGUACGGUCAUCUUCUCUUCCUACUGUAACAUUCACACGCUGGGGCUCCGCAGACAAUGCGACAUCCUGUAGGUCAUUGCCGGCUGUGCUGUCCUUCGAGCCCGCCUACAGUGAGAUCCCCGAUCACAUAGCAGCCGCACAGCGCCCCCUGCCUGUUCUCCCGCACACACACAGGGAGUUCCUAGAUCAAGAAGCCUCUCCACAGCGCCCUCUGCCUUCCUCACGACAUACCUACAGUGAGAUCCCAGAUGAUGAGGAGAGCGGACCCAUGCCUUUCUAUGAUGAUUUUGCCGAGUUUUCGCUUCAUGUCCUUGGCAAUAGGGGGCGGCUGCAGAAUAGACGGACAGCCCAGAAUAACACUACAACUUCAAGCAGACACCCGUAUAUAAGACCCGUCGCCACAUAUGGAUCGUCUGAAGAGACCAAGGCCCAGAUUAACAACUUUUACAGAAACGCCUCCGAAGUCCAGGGUAUAAGGGCCCGUAGACAGUUGAGGACUGCUUUGGUUUCCCAGCCUUCUGACCAAGGUUUAAGGACCUACGUCAACGUCACAGAUGCAGUUCUGUCAAUGGGUCGACACGUCACCGAAGCUCAUAUCGCUAUCCUCGCAUCGCCUGAUGCCUAUUGUACUAUGGGUAUCCUACGGGAGGAAACCCAUAGCACACCACGACGUCCCUCGCUUCCUCUGGUCACACUGCCUAACACCUACUGGCCAUGGGAGAUAUCAGGGGAGGAAGUCCGUAACACACCAAGGCGUACACCCCUUCCCCUAGUCACACUGCCUAACACCUACUGGCCAUGGGAGAUAUCAGGGGAGGAAGUCCGUAACACACCAAGGCGUGCCUCCAUUCCCCCAGUCACACUGCCUAACACUUACUGUCCAGAGGAGAUAUUAGGGGAGGAAGUCCGUAACACACCAAGGCGUGCAUCCCUUCCCCCAGUCACACUGCCUAACACCUACUCGCCAUGGGAGAUAUCAGGGGAGGAAGUCCGUAACACACCAAGGCGUACAUCCCUUCCCCCAGUCACACUGCCUAACACCUACUCGCCAUGGGAAAUAUCAGGGGAGGAAGUCUGUAACACACCAAGGCGUACACCCCUUCCCCUAGUCACACUGCCUAACACCUACUGGCCAUGGGAGAUAUCAGGGGAGGAAGUCCGUAACACACCAAGGCGUGCAUCCCUUCCCCCAGUCACACUGCCUAACACCUACUGGUCAGAGGAGAUAUUAGGGGAGGAAGUCCGUAACACACCAAGGCGUACACCCCUUCCCCUAGUCACACUGCCUAACACCUACUGGCCAUGGGAGAUAUCAGGGGAGGAAGUCCGUAACACACCAAGGCGUGCAUCCCUUCCCCCAGUCACACUGCCUAACACCUACUGGCCAUGGGAGAUAUCAGGUGAGGAAGUCCGUAACACACCAAGGCGUGCAUCCCUUCCCCCAGUCACACUGCCUAACACCUACUGGCCAUGGGAGAUAUCAGGGGAGGAAGUCCGUAACACACCAAGGCGUGCAUCCCUUCCCCCAGUCACACUGCCUAACACCUACUGGCCAUGGGAGAUAUCAGGGGAGGAAGUCCGUAACACACCAAGGCGUGCUACCAUUCCUCUAGUCACACUGCCUAACACCUACUGGCCAUGGGAGAUAUCAGGGGAGGGAAUCCGUAACACAUCAUAG